AAACUAUUGGGUGAUCAGUAGGCUAUUCUAGAAGACCUUACCAUACAGACAGACGUUGGAGCUCUCGACCACUCAACGGUGUUACCAUCAGAAAGGUGUAAGAAAUUAGUUUGAAGGAUUAUUAUAAAGUAGUUGCAACGGUAAACGAACUGAAAAUGGGGAGAAAGAGGACAAGGGAAAUCAUAAUUCUCAGAGGACUCCCCGGAUCAGGGAAGACAACUGUGGCAAGGAAUAUCUUGGAGAUGUAUGGUUCUGGAGAAGCCUUCAGCACAGACGACUACUUCAGGGUGGAUGGGAAGAUGGUUGGGUUCCGCGAUACAUCCCUGAACAAAGCUCAUGUAUGGAACCGCAACAGAGUUCUUCAAGCUAUCAAAAAUAAAGUCCAUCCGAUCGUAAUUGACAACACCAAUCUGCAGAAAUGGGAGGUGUGGCCUUAUGUCCGAAUGGCGUUUCGCCGUGGCUACUGGAUCGAGUUUCAGGACCUCCCUGUCCUUCCAUUAGAGAUUCUCAACAGACGGUGUCCUAAGAUCCCCAUGGAGGUGUUAGAGAGGAUGAAUGAAGGUUAUGAGCCCGUGAAGAAGAUAUGGGAUGUCAUCUAUGACUAUGAGUCCAAAGUCAGGUGGAUGCGUAGCUCAGAGAGACUGCAGAACCACUGGUGAUCAGGAGACCAAUACAAUGUCUGUGUGUGUGUGUGUGUGUGUGUGUGUGUGUGUGUGUGUGUGCGUGCGUGCGUGCGUGCGUGCGUGCGUGCGUGCGUGCGUGUAUUUGUGGAUUGGUUGGUGCUUCUAUUCUUAUGGGGACCUAAAAAUCCCUGAAUGUCCCCACAAGGAUAGUAACACAAGGAAAAUGACAUUUCCCACAUCCCCAUGAGGACAAUGGCUAUGUUAAGCAUAGAGGUUAGGUUAAUGGUUAGAAUUAGGGUAAGGGUAAAGGGGUUAGUGGUUAGGCUUAAGGCUAGGGUUAGGUUUAGGGUUUGGUAUGGGUUAAGGUUAGGGUUAAGGGAAAUGUUAGGUUUAGGGUAAGGGGUUAGUGGUUAGGCUUACGGCUAGGGUUAGGUUUAGGGUUUGGUAUGGGUUAAGGUUAGGGUUAAGGUUAUGGCUAGGGUUAGGGUUUGGUAUGGGUUAAGGUUAAGGUUAGGGUUAAGGGAAAUGUUAGGUUUAGGGUAAGGGGUUAGUGAUAGGCUUAAGGCUAGGGUUAGGUUUAGGGUUUGGUAUGGGUUAAGGUUAGGGUUAAGGGAAAUGUUAGGUUUAGGGUAAGGGGUUAGUGGUUAGGCUUACGGCUAGGGUUAGGUUUAGGGUUUGGUAUGGGUUAGGGUUAAGGUUAAGGUUAAGGCUAGGGUUAGGUUUUGGUAUGGGUUAAGGUUAAGGUUAGGGUUAAGGGAAAUGUUAGGUUUAGGGUAAGGGGUUAGGGAAAAUAGGAUUUUGAUUGGAAAUGAGUUCUUAGGUCCCCACGAGGAUAGAAGAACUUAACAUGUGUGUGUUUGUUACUAUCCUUGUGGAGACUGCAAAUCCCCCAAAGUCCCCAUAAGGAUAGUAAAACAAGGAAAUUCUCCCACAUGGGGACAUUUCCCCACGUGCCCAUAAGGACAUUGGCUAUUUUAGGGUUAGGGGUUAGGUUUAGGUUGAGGGUUAGAAUUAGGGUUAGAAAAAGGGUUAGGAGGUAGGUUUUGGGUUAGGGAUGUGUGUGUGUAUGUCUGUGUGUCUGUGUCUGUGUGUGUCUGUGUGUGUGUGUGGUUACUAUAUGUGAGAUGAUACUACUCAGGAGACCAUGAGGGGUCUGACAUCACACCCUAGUUCCCUUAUAGUACCCUGGUACUUUGGUAAUAUCACCUAAAUGGUGCUGUUUGAAUUGUCACCGAGGUGUUUCUCUAGGUCGGAUAGAAUAUAUUCCUCAUGUCAGAACACGAAGGACCCUGAGAUGGGAAGUUUCUUUCACAUCAAUCCGUAUCGCAGAAGUUCAGUGCUAUAGACACAUGAAGCUUUUGCCGGUCUCCUCGAACAUGGGAACAUGGCCUUUAAAUUUCAACUGACCUUUCAUUACACGUAUUGAAUCCAUAUCUACGUUUACAGAAAUACAGAAAUCAUCCCUGUUAUGAUGCAAAAUGCAGCAUCAUAUAAUGUAAAAUGCCUCAUACGGGGAUGAUUAUUCUAUUUUGAAAGUUAAAUAUCUUGAAAACGUUGCUGACACGCAAAAAAACAUUUUGGGACUAUGUCAACAAUUUACUAAUGAAACAAAUACCAAAAUAAAAACAUUUGGGUAGAGUUUUCCUUUAACUGUUAACACACAGAUGGUUCUUAACUGUUAACACUCAGAUGGUUCUUAACUGUUAACACUCAGAUGGUUCUUAACUGUUAACACUCAGAUGGUUCUUAACUGUUAACACUCAGAUGUAACACUCAGAUGGUUCUUAACUGUUAACACUCAGAUGGUUCUUAACUGUUAACACUCAGAUGGUUCUUAACUGUUAACACUCAGAUGGUUCUAAACUGUUAACACUCAGAUGGUUCUUAACUGUUAACACUCAGAUGGUUCUUAACUGUUAACACUCAGAUGGUUCUUAACUGUUAACACUCAGAUGGUUCUUAACUGUUAACACUCAGAUGGUUCUUAACUGUUAACACUCAGAUGUAAC